CCGGUAGCUCUGGCUCCGUGCGCUCUGCGGGGACAGCGAUGAUGGCCAAAGCUGGUCUGGUAGCCAGAGGGGCGGGCCGCCAAGGCUCCCUCCCCAGGUAGGUGCAUCGAGUUCCCGGUGCCCUGCCCAGACUCGGACCAGAUCUGUCUCGUGAGGAACACCGAAGAAGACCGGGGCUUUGGCAGCACCGGGAACCACGUCCACCCGGUUUUCAGUCCCCGUCAUACCACCACGUAUAUAUUUACUCAAAGCCGAGCUGACAAGUGGACGUGCGCAGAGAAUUUUGUUUUCUGUGCAAGCAAGCACUGUAAUGAGUCAGGAAUGGUAGUUUUUCCCGCAGGAUGUUCUGGUUCUAUAGAUUAUGCUUCUUUAUUUAGAAGUGAAAUUACACCCCUGGGCUCACUGGCAACUGUGAAUGUGACACCUGUCGCUAAGCAGCAGCCAAGAACUGUGGUCUAGGUGGAAGCUAAAAAGGCAGAAAGGUUUUCUUCUUUUCCUGACUGAGCAGAAAGAAUUUGAAUGGAGCAGAUUAAAAGGGCAAAUAAACUGUUUACCAAUGAUUGUAUAUUUCUGAAGAAAACUCUGAACAUCCCAGUUAUUUCAGAGAAGCCUUUGCUGUUUAAUGGACUUAACUCCAUUGAUUCUCCAGAAAGUGAACCUGCUGCAGGUUCUCUGGAAGAAGGGCUGCCGGCUGCGGCGGUGGAAGACCCUCCCAGUCCUCCCGCAUCCCCUGCUCCGCCCAUGUCGCCGGAGGAAGUGUCAGCCAGAGAUUUCCUGCAGAGACUAGACUUGCAGAUUAAGUUAUCAACGCAGGCAGCCCAGAAGCUAAAAGAAGAGAGCAGAGAUGAAAACAAUCUCUAUGCAGCUUCACUCUAUCACAGUUAGGUGAACAGAGGGCAUAAUACCACCUAAGAGAUGGUUGGAGCAUCAGGAAACCAACAACUGAAGAUUCAAAAGCAUCCUUUUGGGAUUCUCAGAGUGUACAACUUCAAAUCACAAUUAAGUAAUUCUACCCACUGCAGUUGCACCGAAGUGAUUAGUUUCCUCUGGCUUUCUAUAAUUUUAAGUCUGCAUUAUGGCAUGAUAAAAUUGUAUCCUGAAGCUCAUCACUUUUGUAGGUGGUGGUGGUUUCUAGAUAUGCUUUUGUAAAUACUAGUUGACAUAAAGCAUCAAAGACUAUUUACAUAGUCAGGCUAAAAACAAUGUUUAUCUCUUGAGAAUUCCUAAUUAUGUGAAAAACAUGGUUGCUGUUUAAGUGAUACCAAUUUUGCUAUGUGUUUAAUAAUUAAGUGCUAUAUAUAUAUAUUUCGAUAUGUAUUACAUAUUCUGUAUUAAUAUA